AUGGGAGAUGGGGAGGAGACGUUGGAGGAUUUAAUUGCUGUUCUCGGAUACAAAGGAGAGAUGGAUGCCGCCUUGCCAAGCGGAGAGGAUGAUACUGGGAGCGUGUGUGGUGUGUCAGCGUUUGUUGUGGUAUCGUUGUUGCCGUUCUGUUGUUGA